GUCAAAAUAUUGAUUGUUCACUUCUGGGUUUUUGGCGACUUUAAAAUGUAGAGCCAGUGGGGCGAAAAAGCUAUUUUUAAAGACCCCCUGACAGGUGCGAACGGAUAAACAAAAUUAUUGGCAUCUAGAGUAACAUGGAAAGCUGCGCGACAAUCGCAGGUUAGAGAAUAAAUAAAAGCUUCCAACAAGUGCGAAAAACAGAUCCGAGUACCAUGGAAUCCCCUCUGUAUCCCAAGGCCAACAACAAUCUGGGCUUGGGCUCGGGCAAGGUGAUCUCGCCCGUGGACAAGAUGAGCUCCAGCCUGAACAGCAGCAGCACCAUGGAGGACACCACGCCCAGCGACUCGGGCGUCCAAAUGCUGGACUCGGAGAACAGCGACGUGAUGGUGGAGUCCAUCUGUUCCUAUGAGGAAAACCUGCGACCAUCAUUCACUUCCGUGGUGGACCCCAACUCAAAUGUGACUUCUGCCGCCGGCGCGGCGCCUGAGGAGUCCAUGACCAUCAGCGAGUGCUCCACGUUCGACACCACCGAGAAGAUCGUGUACCGUCGCAAGGUGCACAAGACCUCAUCCGCUGCCAAGACGCCCAAAAAGCGGGUGUCCUUUCACGAGGACAUCCUUAAGAACACACGCACGGACAACAUUCAUAUCGAGCACGGCUUUAUCACCUAUAAAAACGGCCGGAAACUGGCCUUUGCCAACUCGGCGGGCGUGGCCGGCGCUCCAGGUCGCUACUCCUGGUGUCCGGACCGGGAGCGACCUGAGGGACCCAAUGAACUGAGUGCAGCUGGCCGGGAGGACGAUGGCGAGGAUGCGGCCGGCGACGGUGGUGGAGCGAGGCGAAAACGACACCUGGUCUACCGGAAUGCCUGCUCUGAUGUCCUGGACUAUGCCAAUACGGAUAUUUUCGAUACGGACGAGGCAGCGGGUCUGCACUACGACACAUCGGGUGUCUUCGAAUAUGGACCGAAGGCCGAGGAGCCGUCGCGCCUCUACAAGUGCGUCUGCAGCAGCUCCAACUCCAGCCUGGAUUCGGACGAGCAGGACAAAAACUCGAAUGGCAAUCGCAAGCAAUACGAGCAGGCCAAGAGCAGCUCCUGCGACUGCAUCGGCAUGAGCAAUGCCAACAACAAUCUAAUAGGUGACAACUGCUACUAUUCGGAGCCCAAUAUCGGAGAUACCGACAGUCCCAAGGUCAAGUCUGUUUGGAACAAGGAGAAGAAGCCCAAGUCGAGCUGCCUGAAGAAAACCAAGCGACAAACGAACAUCAUUCUCGAGCAGGACCUCAAUGGGCGGGUUAAGAAGUUCAACGUGCAUGACAUCAAGCACCAACUGCUGGACAACAGCAGCAAGAUGAUCUUUGGCUCGCUAAAGAGUAUAUUCACCAUGCCGCUGCCCGAGCGCGGUGUUCCAGAGGGCUCCGAGGACCUGCAGGCCGUGGUGGAAUGCAUCCCGGAACUGACUCCCGAUCACAAACCCCGACCAGUGGCCGAAUCGCCACCGCUCAAGGCCAAGCCAUUCUUGAGCAAGAGCCUCGAUGGCAGCAAGCAGGCACAACCAGUUAAGAAAUUCGUGCACAAUGUGGAUGAGCAGUUGCGGCGUAAAAACGACGACGGCGACGAAGGUGUCAGCUCCACGGAAGCCUCUCCCAUGGACACAAAACAGCCGCAGCCGUUGCAGCGCCAAGAGGAGUUUGAUAAGGAAACAGGGCCGCCGAUACUGGGCUCAAGCGCACACGGGGAGUUUCGCAGCAAGUUCAUCAUUAAUUGCGAGAGCACCGUUUUCGAACACACGGGCGUAUCUUACGAGACGGGUGAGCCGCCACACUGCGGGCUCUCGUCCUCCCUUCAGCACACCAGCGUGGCCAGUUUGCUGGAGCAGAACACACCCAUUGCAGAGCCGGCCAGCCAAAAGAAGUCGUUCAUGGACGCUCCAAUUGCAAAGACGUUCAGCAACUUCUUUCGCAGCUUCAAGGAGAGCACAAGUGCUGCAGCAACGCCCGUGGAAAAGCACGAACAGGCAGUCACAGAUAGUUAUUUUGCUUCGAAAAUGUCGAAGCAACAGCAGCAACCAGCUCCUCCCAGCUCCAGCAGCAAGCUCCCUCGUAAUUACUCCUCAUCGACCAUAUCGGAACCCAGUUCCAACACCAACACCAGCAGCAACCAUCAUCAGAUUGCGAUAAAUCCGCAGCUGGGCAACGCGGAGCGUCAGUCCCGUCACCUUGCCUCUCCGCUCAAGAAGCGCGGACAGCCCGUGCAGCCAGCCCGGUAUUACGACCAGCAGCAUCCUCACCAGAGCCGCAGUUUGCACAGCCCCAGUACAUACCUAUCCACGGGACGCGGUGGCAGUGGACGCGAUUCAAAGAGCACGAUUCUCAGCGAGGAAUUCGACGAUAUUUUGACCAUAACCACAACAGACACAACCAACGACAAGCGCUCAAUGGACAGUGAAAUGGUGAUUGUUGACUACAACGACGUGGAUUACGCACACCUGCUGAAGCCUCCAGCUCCUGCGGCGGCCAAGACCUCGCUGAUAAAUCGCUUCCUUCGAAAUGUCACGCAGAAGAAAAUCAUGGAGACCUCCAUACGCAAGAAUAACUUCUUUGCCGAUAAGCUGAGAACCGAACAGAGGCACACGGGAACUGAUCUCUACGUUAAGGGUGCGCGGCCCAAAAACUACGAGUUGAUAGACGAUCUAAAUGCGGAGAUUGCCAUGGAGAUUGAGAUGUGUGGAGCAAACUCGCCGCGUCGAGAGCUGGCUAUUAGCCUGGACCCCGAUUUACCAGGCUGCAGUUCAUCCAGCUUUGAACUAGGCAUUGGAGAGAUCUCGAUUGACCUAUUCAAGGGUAAAACUUUGCUGAAUCUUCAGCAAUCGAAUGAGCAGUUAAUGAAGGUUUUCAAGCUGUAUACGGGUUACAGUUUCGACGGCAUAAUGACUCCUGUUCUGGUCUUACUGACGGACAAAACACUGUAUGUGGCCAAUCUGGAUAGAAAUUAUCUGCGUGCCAGGUUUGUUUUGGCCUACAAGGACCUGGAUGUUAUACUGAUGGGACCCUUCGGCAACACGGUGUUGUUGAGCAACAGCACCCGCGAUAUGCAGCAGGUCCUGCUCGCGGGUGGACCUUAUCCGGCCGGAUCGUUGGUGGCUAACCUGGAGCUGUGCGCCCGGCGCAGUGGCUCCACCCUGCCAGCAGUGGGUCAACUUACCCUCGAACAUUUGGCUCCCCUGCAGGCAUUCGUGCGCGCCAACAGCUGCGUGGGCAGGGACGAGCACUGGCUUUUCUACGCGGUGGUCAACGUGCCAGCUGGCGGGGCCCUGCGAGUGGAGUCGCCUAGCGAGCCACUGGGUCCCUCCAUCAAGGGAUUCCUUAUGCACCGACGGUUUAAGCAGAGCACAAGCACAACCGCUGCCUCAAGGAUAUAUUGGCAACCAGGAUAUUUCCUACUGAAGGCUGGCGUUUUGUACAUGUUCAACGAUUCCACACAGAGGCUUCCCAGCUGGGCCAUGGCCCUGGCCGAGUGCCAAGGUGCCCGGCGGACUGUUAAAUCUGAGCGUCCACAUUGCUUCGAGAUAGUGCUGAAGGGUGAGCUGCUGCAACUGGCAGCGCCCGACGAGUACGUGGCCUCCGAGUGGCUGCAGGCCCUCCUACAGUCAGCCAGUGGUCUUGCUGUGCCACAGGAGAAGUACAAAACCCUGGGCUGCACUUUGAUAGUCACACAAAACCAUCUAAUAACCUUGCGGGAAGACUUUUCGGCUCCGUUGCGGCAAAUAAGCCAACAACAGGCGGAUAGCAGUGCAGGUGCAACGGAGAACAAGGAGAUUUUGCUAGAGGAGGAACUACUCAGUGUUUUUGAAACAAGUAGCUUGAUGGGCUCCACUAUGAGUACGCCAACGCGAGGCACACAGCAAUCCUUCUCCUCGCUGAGCUCCACGCCCACGAAGCACACAAAUGAGGCGGAGAUAACCAAAGAAGAUACUACUUCGCCAGGAAAGUCGCAACGGAUGACUAGUGUCUAUGGAAAGGAUUCAGGCCUGGCCAUACUCACCUGUGCGGACAUCAAGGCUAUGACGGGCAUUAAAAUAACCUCGCGAGCAGAGACCUGGUGGUGCAUUCUGGAGUUCUCUUGCCAGGAGGCACCAUUGGAGAGUCUGGAUGACCUGGUGAUCUUCUUUGCCAGCAGCAUGGAGAUGCAGCGUUUUCUGCGCUUGCUAGAGCAACUUUGGCAGUCCAAGAACAAUGAUCUCUUUCCCAUUACUAUACUGGACGACGGGGACACCUUGGCCGAGCAGUGUACCCAACUCUAUGUGGACACGAACAGGGCCUGGGAGCCCCUGCUAACUGCUGCACUGGGUUAAUCCGUGGCUUUGGCAAUAUAUACUCCAUUUACACUAUAGACAAUUCUAUUUCCAUAUAACUCAAGCGUUAAAUAUUCUAUCCUGAAUACUCAAAAUAGAUAAUGAACAGAAAGUAUUGAUAUUUAUAUACAUAAACGUAUACAUAUAGUCGGUGUUAUGUAUUAUGAUUUUGUAAUGCCUGCCUCCGCUUGACUCAACCCAUUCAUUUGCGCUGUUAUACAUUUGAAUAAUUUUGUGAUAUUAACCUUAAAAAUCGCUGAUCUUUGGUAUGCGUUUUGUUUUUCUCUAGUCUACUUAAGUUAUAUUUGAUUUCUACAUUGAUUAUUCGGACCUUUUAUAAAUACAUAUUAUAUACUAUAUACAUACAUGUGUACAAAUACUGCACAUAAAACUAAGAUAUUAUACAUACGUAAACAUAAAUAUUGAACUUGUAAUCCGGAAUGUUAUGUUUUUGGGGGUGCUCGACUGGUCCAAGGAUAUACGAUAAACAAAUAACGAUAUGUGGCUAUUUACAAAAAAUAUACAUAUUAACAUUUGUAAAAGCUUCUUAGGAAAGGUGUAAAAGGUGGAUUUAAUAUAUUUUUUUUGCAAAGCUGUGCCUGUCCUUUUCAAUUAGCUUAGAUUAAUAACCCAUCCCGACGCCCCCGUCUUUUCCCGGUAAGCCUUUUCUCUCCAGUCCCACUAAAAGCUCAUGAUAAUUAAUAAAGUGAAUAUAAACGCCA